AUGGCGCGCCCGAGAAAGGACGUCAAGUUCAACCACCAGGUCCGCAGCGCCAGCAACGGCAGGGCGCGGAGACCCUCGCAGAGCAUGUCCGAGUACAGCGACCCGGGCAGUCCGACUAUCAAAGAAGAGACGGCCCCUCCCGCCACCGAACAGCCCCCCCAGACCGAGUACGAGAAGAAGAAGGCCAACUUCAUAACGCGCACAACAUGGACCCUCGUCAUGAUUGCCGGCUUCUUCUGGGCUCUCGGCGCUGGCCAUCUCUUUAUCAUCAUCAUCGUCACGGCAGUCCAGGUCAUAUCCUUUAAGGAGGUCAUCGCAAUCGCAAAUGUGCCCAGCAAGGCCCGCAGCCUGCGCUUCACCAAGUCGCUGAAUUGGUACUUCCUCGGCACCGCCAUGUACUUCCUCUACGGCGAGAGUGUCAUAUACUACUUCAAGCACGUCCUGAUGGUCGACCGUCUGCUGCUGCCCCUGGCUACCCACCACCGGUUCAUCUCCUUCAUGCUGUACAUUAUUGGCUUCGUCUUCUUCGUCUUCUCGCUCCAGAAGGGCCACUACAAGUUCCAAUUCACCCAGUUUGCUUGGACGCACAUGGCCCUCUUCCUCAUCGUUGGACAGGCGCACUUUGUCAUCAACAACAUCUUCGAAGGAUUCAUCUGGUUCAUUCUCCCCGUCUCCAUGGUCAUUACCAACGACAUCUUCGCCUACCUCUGCGGUAUCACGUUUGGACGGACACCCCUCAUCCAGAUCUCGCCCAAGAAGACAUGGGAGGGCUUCCUCGGCGCCUGGUUCUUCACUGUUAUCUGGGGUAUGCUCGUUGUCCACUUCCUCGGCGACUACAAGUACUUCAUCUGCCCUGUCAACGAUCUGGGCGCAAACAUCUGGUCCGGCCUCGAAUGCAGGCCAAACCCGGUCUUCAUCGCGCGCGACUAUACCGUUCCCUUCCUUCCCGAGGGUCUCCCCAUCCCGCGAACAUUCAACAUUAUGCCAGUGCAAUUCCACGUCAUCAUGCUCGGAACCUUCGCGUCUCUUAUCGCGCCCUUCGGUGGCUUCUUCGCUUCUGGCCUGAAGCGUACCUUCAAGAUCAAGGACUUUGGCGACUCUAUCCCCGGUCACGGUGGAAUGACUGACCGCAUGGACUGCCAGUUCAUCAUGGGCUCCAUCGCCUUCUUUUACUACUCGAGCUUCAUCGCUGUGCACCACACCACAGUCGGUGGAGUGAUUGAGGCAGCCAUCACCGGACUCACCUACGAGGAGCAAAUGGAGGUUGUCAAGAUCAUGAGCAAGCACUUGGUAAACCAGGAAGUAAUAUCGCCAAAGAGCAAGUGGUGA